CUGAAUUAUAAGUGACAUGCUGGCAAAGCUGAACAACUGAUCACCAGAUACUGGCAUAGUGUUAAACAUGGCUUCUGAGGCUGCUCAGAAUUUCCUUCAGCCACUGUCAUCUUGGAUGUCUCAAAUAUACGAAGCCAUCCAACAAGCGGGAGACUCUAUAUCUGCGUCACUGCUGAAUUUGAGUGGAGUGGGUCGUAAGUCAGAAGAAGAGAAGAACCGGGACUUGGAGAAUAAUGGAGGAGUUUACGAGGAUUAUUCUGAGGAAUCAGAUGAUGAACGACACCUGGACCUCUGGGAUGAGGAAUACUUGUAUCCUAGAGAAGAUGGUCGCAUUGGGGGUCCUGAUCUUGCUUCACAACCCCUUCCUCGUGGCACUGACAUGGGUCUGCAGAGGCAAAAACCGGUUAAAAAUACCAGCAACUUACCAGAGCAGUGUGUUGAAAGCACAAGGUCUUUGACAGCCAAUGGAUCCUACUGGAUGAAUGAAAAUCUCCAGCCACUUGAUCGGCUUCCUACCAUUGCUGAGGAAGAAGGUGAGCCCUGUAUGAGGAUGGGAGGCCAUAAGCACAACCUCAACAUGAGUAGUUCCUUAAAAAGUAGUAAUGGCAAGGCAAGAUUUGCAGAUCUGGAUGGACUAAGCCAACUGAGUUACCAAGACAACCUAUCCCAUUGUGAAGAUGACCAUGUAUCUGUUGAUUCAAGAACAACAAUUGAGAGUAGGGGCGCUGGGCAGCAUAAGGGGCCUAGGAUGGAGUCCAGCAUUGCCAAUGGCGUGAGCUGGCAAGCCACGGAAGGACGUUUGGAAAUGAAGACAGCAUUUACCAACCAGGGAUUUGAAGUAAAUGAUGCUACUGACAGCUCAUCGGCUUGGAGCCCUGAGGAGCAUGAUGGAGUGAACAGCGUAGCAGCUCAUCAUGGUGCUCAUGUGCCCAUCUGUAAAUGUGGUGACCUAGAUGUCAUCUUCAACUAUAAAGCCUCAAGUCAAAAGCUAGUAGUUACUAUCUUGGAGGCCAGGGAUAUCCCAGACAAAGACCGCAGUGGUGUGAACACUUGGCAGGUACACACAGUCCUGAUGCCUAGCAAGAAACAGAGGGGUAAGACAAGCGUUCAGCGAGGACCCAUCCCCAUGUUCAAGGAUAAAAUUACCUUCAGUAAGCUGGAGCCAGAGGAGUUAAGCAGCCACGCCAUUCGUUUCCGCCUCUAUGCGGUGCACAAGAUGAUUGGAGAGAAGAUGAUGGGAGAGCAGCUAUUCUACCUGAGCAACAUCAGCCAGGAAGGGGAAGUGAAGAUGACGUUGGUCUUGGAGCCAAGGAGUAAUCUGAGCAGUGCAGACUCUCAGCUUAGUCUGUCAGCAAUCUCUCACAGUGAUAGCGCUUCUUCAACACAGUCCCUGUCGCAUGGAGGGGUGCCAGAGCUGCUCGUAGGAUUGUCGUACAAUGCCACUACGGGGCGGCUGUCAGUGGAGAUGAUCAAAGGCAGCCAUUUCCGAAACCUCGCAAUUAAUAGGCCACCUGACACCUAUGGAAAGCUCUGCCUGCUCAACUCUGUGGGCCAGGAGAUGUCUCGCUGCAAGACCUCCAUCCGUCGAGGACAACCCAACCCCGUCUACAAGGAAACUUUCAUCUUCCAGGUUGCCCUCUUCCAGCUCUCCGACGUCACUCUAAUGAUCUCCAUAUUCAACAGACGCAGCAUGAAGCGCAAAGAGAUGAUCGGCUGGAUUUCUAUGGGUCAGAACAGCAGCGGAGAGGAAGAGCAGUGUCAUUGGCAGGAAAUGAAGGAAUCGAAGGGGACACAGGUCUGCAGGUGGCACAUGCUGCUGGAGUCCUAGUGGUUACCCGGGCAGCCUGUGGGUCCUGGGGCUAUGGGCUGUCUCCCUUGUUCUCAAUCAGCAGAAAACAGCUAUCCCAAUGCAAGCACCAUGCUCUGACAGGUCACGUACACUUUAACCCGACCUUUCAGUGUCAGCAGUCAUGGGUACAGAAGGUGACAAGGCCUGGGAAGCAAGUUUAGUUCUUGCAUUUCCACGUUGUCCUGCAUUUUCUAUAUCCAAAUAAUUAACACUAGGGAAAAGGAAUGGGAAAACCUACAAAAUCCUCUUGUGGGUCAUUGUCUCGUUCAUUUUGUCACAGGCUUAAUCAUCACAGACUGACUUCGAUGCCAUUUUCUUGUGGGAAAACUCUCUUCCCUCCCUCCCUUUAUUUAUAUUAAUGAAGUUUUGCAAAUAUUCUUGACACGCAGAUCACUCACAGAAAGGCUAACCUGCAUGCAGAUCACAGUCUCUCCCUUUCAUUUUCAUGUUUCUAAGUUCUAGAAAUAAGUAUCUGAUACCACUGUAGACUGGAUUAUAUAUUAUUCAGGCAGCAUGGAAAAGCACUCUUGAAUUCUCUGUCAACUUUUAAGUGCCUCGACAUUACUACUGUUCUUCUGUACUAACAAUUAAUAUUAGGACUAAACAUUACCAGUUUUUUUAGUUAGGCAUCCUGUGCACUUGUUAGCCUGCAUUGCCAUAGGUUUACACGGGAGAUAACUAGCAUCAGUUUUAUAUUGCAAUUAGACAAUGCAUGUUUAGAUGCUUACUUGAAGUUCAUGGCUUCUGUCAUCACGAAUACCAAAAAAGACCAGAACAAGCUGCACAUCCACCUUUGUGCCUGAAUCACUCUUUUCUGCACCAUUGUUUUGCCUAUGUGUUACUUUGUUUUUUAAAAGUGAGGUUCGUUCAGAAAAGCAUUUCUGUGAGCAUUACAUGGGAAGGCUUUAGAUGUGUCAUUUCUCUGCAGUUCUGUUAAGCACAAAUCAGUCUGCUGAGGGCUAUUCUUCAAAUAUGCUACCCUAUAAUAUCUCCUCAGGAUCUGAAAAGGGACCAUUUUGGCAUGCUGAGCAGUAGAGGGUGCCAGAUCAUGUCACCUCAUCUUCGGGGCGAGCUCUUUUGUGUGCAAGGGAUAGGAUCCAGGGGACCCCUAUAGAGGGGCUGCUGGCUCUGCUGAACUAACACCAAAGAAGAGUAUUAGGUUUCCUGCCUCUAACUGAAAACAAUGCACGGAGCAGGCUUGCUGGAUGAGGUGAUGACACUUUUCUGUAGUUACUUUUCGGACUACAUUGUCAUUUUCCUUUUUAAUCUUUUUUCCUGUCUCUGCGAGUUGAAGUCGUGGAGACGAUGGAUGGGGGGCACGUCUUAGUCUGCUACUUGACUACUGAAAGUUUGGCAGUUUUUAGCUGUUGUGAUACUGUGUGCGACACAGCAGAGGAUGUUAAUCAUCUAGAGUAGUGAUGGUACGUAGGCAGUAGGGUGCUGAGAUCUUCAAAUACUGUCAGCUGCCCAGUCUCCUGUUCCCCACGCUCUCCAGGAGAGGACUGGCAUUUCCCCAUUCCUGCUGAUGACAGCAAGACACGGGAAAUAUUUUGCUGAAAAGGUUUGUCUGUACUGAAUCACUUCAUGUUUUGUUUUUGUCAUUUACUGAGACGUGGCACCAAAUUCUGCCUCCUACUGCACCACAGUCAUCUCCUUCCCUUCAACGGUGCUGUUGAAAUCUAACUAGUGCAGAUUGUGGCACUGGCUGUUUGACCAAAAUUGAACCUCGGUGCUGGUUUGCAUCACAUCCAGACUAGCCAGACCCUGCGGGGCAGUGGUGUGAACACACAGGUUAUCAUUUGGUGUGAUACGCACAGGUUUUGUCUGUCCUCGCGAGGCAGACAGAACAAUCUGCAUGUAGAAGAGCUUCUGGUACAGGUGACACCAAUUAUUCUACAGGCCGUGGUUUUAUAUAUUCUUCUCACUUAACUGUCUGAGCAUCAUUUUUCUGCUGAGACUGGUGGGUUUCCUAUGCAGGAGAGUUGUCCUCCACUGCCUAGAUAAGCUGGCGUAAUAUCUGCUUUGCACUACGGGGGCUUUGUAUCACAAAGCAGGAUCUAACCCAAAUACAGCUCAGCAAACAAAUACAUUUUUGUCUGUGCUGUUAAUGCUGGUGUAGUGCCAAUGCGAGAGAAAAUGAGCAUUUGAGUGGUAACCAGCAGAAUAGAAAUGCUUUUAUAUUAUGUACUUUUCUUCUGGGAAAGAAGCAGAGGAAACAGCUCAAUUCAAAAGGUGCAUUUGCUGAUUUUAGUUGUUUUCCAAUCUCUGCAUCUUUUUUCCUGAACUGCGUAAAAUGUAUAUACAAGUGUUUACAAGUAAUUUUGUUAUCUGGGAUGUGUACAUAUAAUAAACUUUUUGAGAUUCUCUUCAUAACUUCUUGAACUGCAAAGUGUUGCUUAUGCUUAAAGAUUAGCUAAGGGAAAAGUAUAAGUUGAUAAUAUGUUUCAGCAGUGAACUGGAGAUAACCCAGAUUUAUAAUAGUGUGAUUAAAAAAAAUUCUUGGAAAAGAUCAUUUUACAAAGCAAUGAAGUGAACUGGUUUUGGACUUUCAUGGCGUUUUCACAUCAAGGUCUUUUCUGAAGAUACAGUCAUUAAGGGAAUUGAAUUUUAAUACAUAAUUUCAGUGUAGAGUAUUGGGAGUCAGAGGAAAGCAAGUGAAAACAGCGUAGUUAGAGUAAAUGAAUAUCUGAGCACGUUAAAACUUUUCUCUUAAAUGGAAGCAGGUUGCUGCAUCCUUGCAUCAACAUUUUGGCCUGAUGUUUUACCAGGAAAAUUUGGAGGGAAGGGAAAAAGGCUGAGGGAAGGGGACCACUGGGUUUUUGGAGCUGCUGCUAAACCUGUUGGCACAUCUGUGCCUUGAGCAGUGCAUUUGUGGGGCUCAUUAAGUUCCUGCUGAAGCAAUGGAGGAACUUAGGGAUCUUGGGAUGAACACAGUGCUGGGGGUGCUCAUGCUUGCUAGCUGUAUUUUGGAAUUUGUGUUGCUUUUGUAAUUUGUUUUUCUUUUUGGUGUUGACUGUCUGUGAAAUGAAGGCUUUGCAGCAGCUCCCCCGUAUUCCAGAGCUCCUGUAAUUCUUCCCAUUGACAGAUUGAAUUAGUCAUUGCUAAUAUUGAUACAGGCUGGUCUUGUGCUCAUGGUCUUUCUUAUGUAAAUACCACUGCCCUUUCAGUCAAUGCUUUAACUCCUUGUUUCUUUUGGAAGUGGCUGACAAGCCUAAAUUUCUGGAAAGUUUUCUAUUCCUUGGGAACCUUGACUCACACUUGGCUCUCAGUUGGUGGUGGUCAGUAGACUUGGGGUCCUGUGCUCUGCUGGCCUCCAUCCAUGGGGGUGCUGGUGCUGAUGCCCAACCUCUGCUUCCAUGGGGCUCCAGGAGGGGACAAGAGUCGUGGGACAUUCAGCAAGUGGGAAGGCAACAGCUGACCUGGUUCUGGGAAUGCUUGGGUGCUUGCAAGUCCUAAUGCUCGGAGGUUUCCUAAUGCACUCAUGUUUUCUAAGAUAAUUCUGCCUAUUUUGACACCACUGUCUGGAAUCCCCGUGUAGCUUAUUUGAAUUUUCUUCUCUUGGGGGAAAAAAAAAGCCUGAAAACCCACAAAACCAUUGUGUGGGAAGGAACUAACUGCACUGGCAUAAGCCCAGAAUAUUGUGGGCAAGUGCUCUGGAUACAUCUCUGUAUCUUGAACAGCGUAAUUCAGCUAGCUGCAGUCUGUUCCUUCCUUGGUCUCUCUCCAGCCAGCACGCCCCUGUCCUGCUAGGCUUUGUGCCGUUAUGUUAUUUUUUGUUUUUAAUGUGUAUUGACAACAGAACAGAAUGAUCUCACCACGUUUAUAUUCCCUGUAAUAAUGCUGACUUUCAACUGAUGCCCACAGAACUGAGUACCUCUUUUAGCCCACUGAGCUACAGCUAUAGCUUACUGAAGUGCCCGUUUGUAAAGGCUUUAUCUGGACGAUUUGCUACUUUGUUUGAUUUGUUUGGGUUUCCUUUUUACCGGUGUCUUUAAUUACCUGGACCCUGCUGUGGCCUGCUCGCUCCCGUCGCCCUGGCUUGUCUGUGAUUGCCUUCCAGUGUAACGUGGGGUGUGUAGCUCCUGGGGCACAGGGACAAUACCUGGAUAUAUUUUUAGUAGCUGCAGAUCCAGAGAAGUUAUUUGGUGCUUUACAUAGUCGACUGAUCUUCAGUCAUGAAUGUCUUUAGGUGUUUUUGGACGCACAGAACCAAAGGCUGCCAGCUGCUAUUGAUCAUUUCUCCAGCAUAAAGCCUGAGGUGGCAGCUUGGCAGAGGAGCAGGCAUUUCCUCUGGUGGCAGUUCAUUUUCUCCUUCAGUUGAGGCUGGCGAUGACCUUGGAGCUAGUGUGCCUGCAGAGCUUUCUUUCCACUCCCAUAUUUAUUGUCAUCUUUAAUCUGUAUGAUCACUGCACUUCAUCUCUCUGCCUCUCAGCUCUCUUCUGCCCUUCAGCACAAAAGGUGGACAGAAGGACUGAGCAAAGAAUAUGGCCCUCCCUAUCGUGUUAUCCCCGGCGCAAGGGGAGCCGACUCCUGGAGGGGUCGUCUUAAGGUUACGAUGCUCAUUAUCAGGACCUUGCCUCCACGAUCUCUAGUCUGCUUGUGGAGUUCGAAGCUUGUUGGUUGGGCUGUGAUACUUUAAAAAUGACAAAGUAGUGACAGCGGUUCACGUCAAUGUGGACCAAGUUAAUGAGAGAGGAAACAACCUGUUCUCUGUUUUCUUCCUUUUUUUCAUAAGCAUUGUGCUCUGUAAAAGGACAACAGAUCCUGAAGGAAUUAGUAUGCAGGAGCAUCCGCUUUCCAUUUAAAACGUACUAAGUGUGGUGUUCGUAACUAUGGUUUGGGGGGGAAAAAAAGCAGCCAGGGUUUGUAGAAGAGCUCACACUUUGAAUGAGGCAGGUUUUUCCCUUCAGCAUGUGCUACCCAGGCAAAUACAUUCUCAUACCCCAGGCAGUGAUGCUGGCUCCCAGCUGAUCUGCUUCUGUGAUGAAAGCAGCCAGAAGCUGACAGAUCCUAAAGCUUGGAAAGACAUACAGGAUAAUUCAGCAUAGCUGGUUUGGGUGUUUAUUUGGAAUCUGGUGCAGAUUUAACAAGCUGUCGUGCGAGAAAUGAAAACCCCAAGCAGUGGCCGGGAAGGAGGUGGGGAGGGAAGGCUCUUGGUGCGCUUCUGCUGCUGUAGAGCUGGGAGUUUGCUCACUCUGUGCUCCAGAAAGCAGCACAGCCGGGCUGCAGUGGCAUCAAGCCUGAGCUGAAACCCAGUUUCUCUGCAUGAUUCCUUAGCUCCAGAUCUGGUGAAGACAUAAAGCUUUUUUGGUUUUGUUUUUUUUCUUUUCAGUGCAGAAUGAGCUCGUGUCUUCCUGCAGCCUACGCUGUAGGCCUUAAGAAAUGAAUGUGUAAAUAUUUUGUCUCUCACAGCAGCCCAAGGUCAUCUUUCUGGAACAGCAAACAGGCACAGAAUCCAAAGAAGAUCAGUCUGUCAUGUGAGUAAGGUUAGCAUCUGCACUUACAAAAUGACAAAGGCUAUUAAUCCUCAUGCUGUAAUCCCCAAGCUGUUUGCCAGCUGGCAGCAGGAAGAUGUUCCCGCUCAACCCACACAGCUCUCCAUGUUUUUUCACCUUUAUGAAGCAGAUAUAGGUCAAUACUGUAGCCUGGAUAAAGAACUUGGUAGAUACCAUUUAUCUCUUCUAGCAUUACAUUCUCUCUCUUCUCCACACAAGCCACCUGUACAGACAAGGGUGGAAGAGGAGACCUGCGGGCUGGGCUUUCCCUGUGGUGCUCCCCCAAAUUAGAAGGCUGAAGGUGAGAUUUUUUCCCCCCCUCUCUGCUCCUGAGUUUCUCAUGGGGGAAUAAAUUUUGAGAUCUUGCUGCAGAGCUGAACAGCCCGAGCUGUCUCUAGACUCUGUCACUAGAGAGGUCCUUACACACAGAGCAAGGAAAACCCAGUGCUUGUAUAAGGCACAUACAAGCCCAGUGUUGAGACAUUUUUAAUCCUAAUUUGGGAACCUGCAUGGGAUUUGGGUAUUGCCUGUCACAGGGACAUAAAACCCGAAUCCUACAAGGUGCCACUGAUGAAGGAAGUCUUUGCUGCUUGACAGCAAUGCAGGUGGGCUCUGGUACUCUGUGGUCUUGCACAACAAAACACUGUACGUGCUGCAUCCUGUGAGUGUUAGGCAGCUGAGGCUGGGAAAGGUUGAAGAAGAAACCUAAAAGCCAGAUGGGAGCUAUGAAGCUCCAUUCAGACCUGUUAGUUGCUCAUCUCUUUAGGAAAUUGGAAACCAGAUUGUUGGGUUUUCUUAACAAAAGUAGUUUAACAGAAAUCGCAUCUCCUGGGGCAGCUGCAGGUGCAAGGAAGUGAGGACAUCACCUCCUGGCUCUUGAGUUUCCUCCUGACUGUAAUGAGUGACCGUCAAACAGAUACCAAAUACUCUGGAGGUGUCUAUCCCCUGAUCUCAUUGAGUAACGAGAUGAAAUGCUGAUCUUGGCCAUGGGCGAAGAAUGAGAAGGAUUCAGACAAAAGCUGAAUUCUUUCCUGAGUCCCACGACCAUUAAUUAACCUUGACCUCCAGGGAAGGCAUUUUAUUGUGCCAAAUACUUCCCUCUCCCUUAAUUUCUCAGACUUAGGGGAACUUCACAAUUUUUUCUCCUCAUUAGCAGCUGGGAAAACUCAUAUAAUUUUGCCAGCUUUCCUCAUCCUUGUUGUGUCUCGUUAACACUUUCCAGGUGCUUUUCCGUCACACUGUCUCCAUCAUCGCAUUUCCCAUCCUCUCAUUAAUAUCUGUAGAGAUCUGCUCCAAGUCAGGUCCAUGCCUGGUAGCAAUAUUUUAUGUCCGUGGUGCUCAGGAUAAAACCUGUCCUCUGAUCUCUUGCUGUCACUAUGUGGCAUCUCAAGCACAAGUUUUCCAAUUAAACCAGUAUCACAUCUCUCCCGUAGUCCUCUGCUGGCACUGCUGUGGUUUUUGUCUUGCUGGGCCAUGUUCUCAGCUGUAACUUCAUUGGCUUUUUCCCAGCAGAGAGUUUUGUUUGUCAAGAUGAGUAAAUGAAGUAAUCAUUUGGUAGACUUAGCAUUUAAAUAUACUGUGUGGCAUUUAUACUGGUGUAUAUAUUAAAAUGUGUUUUGUGGUAGAGUGCCCCCAGGCAUUUUGCAUGAAGCACAGCUCAAUGUAUAUUUGACUGUUUAUUUAAAUAUACUGUAUAUAAUAAGUUAUUUUAAGUGUGUAUUGGCUUCUUUCCCGACUGGAACGAUAUACCAUUUCUGGCAGGUGCAGGUUUUGUUGACUCGCUGCUGCUCUCACGGCUGGACACUGGCGAUGCAGCGGCUGAGGUGUGUGCAUGCAUCUCCUCUUCCCUCCGCACACCCCGUGACACGGUAGUCCUUCCCCUCCACUGGCUAUGCAGGUGGACACCCAUCGCUGCCGGAGUGUGUUGCCACAGGACAGCGUUGUAAGCCCUCUUACUGCAUCUCCCUCCUGGUGUGUAGCAGAAUAAUCUCCCUGUAAGAUUUUUUUUCUAUCAUUGCCGUGAUAUACUCAGCACAGACCAUGGGCAGGUAGCGAGCCAGCUGGUAUUUGGAGUAAUUCGGCCCUGUGGCUGAGGGGGAGCGAUAGAGAUCUCAGCUCUCCUUUCUCAACCUGAGAUGGACAAGCACAAAACUUAUCCAUAAAUCGAUCACUUCAAAUAAUAACAAUACAGACAAAUGAAUAAGGAUGCCAGGUCCCUAACUUCUGUUGGUGCAAAAGCAAGUAUUCUAGAGCUUUAAUUUAUUGCUGUAUUAUUUUUUAUGAUAAAUAAAUCUAUAAAAGGAGAGUUGUUCAUACUGUGAAGGUUAUAAGAAACAAAUUCAUAUACCCUUUUCACUUUUGUAAAGUUCAAAGAUUUGCACUGAAUAGUGUACCUUCAAUCUACUUAAUAAAUGACUGGUAUUGACUGGUGAGUUCACCGGAAUGAUAUGAGCAUCACUUCACUUGCUGCGUGUGUGAUCGAAAGAGAUAUCUGAAGUGCAAAACUGUGAUAAAAAAGAUGAAAAAUAUGAUGAAAAGAUGUUUGGAUAUUCAACAGGAAGAGUGGUACGGGUUUAUUCUUAGCUUUUCAUGUACUUGACAAUGAAACAUUUUUAUUCUACUUAAGUGCUAACUUGCAUGAUCAUACAAUAUAUUGCCUCUCGCUAAUUAUAUGCUGCGUUAGGAAUACUAAUGUCUAGAUGAUAUCUGACGGGAAAAAAAGCAUUAAACUCAGCUUCUGUAGAAUUGUGUGCUGAAAUUAUCCACACACACAUACAACCAUCCACACCUUAGAAACGGUCUUAUUUUGUUAUGGUGAAUGCUGUUGUUACAGGUUUUUAUGAAUAAAAUAGAAGCAGAUGGCUCAUGUAGA